AUGACUGAGAAUAUCAAGACAGGCAGCAAGAGUUGGAUGUAUCCGAGGUUUGUGCAGAUGAUGAUUGAUCACGCUUAUCUAGAAAUUGACAGAAACAUAAAAGAUGACUUGUUGAUACAAUCACACAUGAGCAAUGAUACGCUUAAACAGCUUGUGAGAUACCACCCGAAUCAUCCAGAACCGAAAGUUGGUGCAGAAUUCUUUAGUUUUAUAAAAGAUGCUAACUAUGCUGAUCCAGAUCCAGUUGAUCAUCAGAACUGGAGGAAUGAAGCUGAAAUGAAAGAGGCAGCGUAUGCUAAAGAGUUGAAAAUUCUUGAAGAUUUCAAAAGCACAAAGAAUGAAUGGUAUGUGAAAGAAACAGGAAGAAGACGCAGAAAGGCCACACCUAUUGUUAAAAAGGAUGAGGAAUCUUCUUCACAACUAAAGAAGAAGCAAAAGAAAGCUGCAAAAACAUCUUUGAUUGAUGAACCUGAAGAAGAUGAACAGGUGGUCACUGUGGAAAAGGAAACAGUGGUAGCUGCAGAAGAAGAUCCAUUUAAUGUUGAUGAUUUGUUUGAUACUGAUGUCUUAGAGACAGGGCCAACAGUGGUUGCUGAUGUUGAUAAAGUUGUUAAUGUUGAAGUCCAGAAAGGAAAAGAGAAAGUUAUUGAUGAUAUUGAGGGAGAUGAUGUGGAUAAAGAUACUACAAGCUCCACGAGCUCUUCAGAUGAGGAGAUUGACGAGACUGAACAUUUACGAAAAGUUCAGGAAGCUACAAAACAAGAGAAGUUGUUGAGAAAGAGACGGGAAAAGGACAAUGAUGAUGCUUACGUUCCUUCUCCAGAACAUGUCUCCGAAUCACAAUCUCCUCCAGGAGGAGAUUUUGAUUUUGCCAACACUUCACAAGUAAGGAAUGUUGAAAAGAAGGUUGAUGAAGUGAUUGCUGAGAACAAGAAGCUAGCCGUUGAAAACAAGAAAGUUAUGGAUCGUGAAAGAAUUCUAGAAAUGCGUGUGAAAAGGUUAGAGAAUGAUAACAAAGAGUUGGUGAAAAAGAUUGAUUCUGAUCAGAUAGAGAUAGAUAUUUUGAAAGUAAGAGUUGCUGAGCUGGAAGAAGAAAAAGCUCGACGUGACGAACAAAAUGAGUAUUUCAAGUUGAAGAACAAAGAACUUGAAGCAGCUAAAGCUUUCAGAGAUCACGAGUUCUAUGCUGAAUAA